UAUAUAUAAAUAAUAUAUAAUCUUAUGAAAAAUCUCAUAUUAUUGAUAUUACUACCAUUUGUUAUUACCGUUUAUUAUUACUUGUGUCAUAUUGACAUUACCAUAUAUAAUAGUUGAUAUAUCUAAUGUAUUACAUUUUUAUUCUAGAUUUUACACAGAGACAUGAAAGCCGCUAAUGUUUUAAUAACAAAGAAUGGUGUAUUAAAGUUAGCUGAUUUUGGUUUAGCACGAGCAUUCAGUGCAAAAAAUGGUCAUUCAAAUCGUUAUACCAAUAGAGUUGUCACUCUUUGGUACCGACCACCGGAACUUUUACUCGGUGACAGAAAUUAUGGGCCCCCUGUGGAUUUGUGGGGCGCUGGUUGUAUAAUGGCAGAAAUGUGGACAAGAUCUCCUAUAAUGCAGGGAAACACAGAGCAACAGCAACUUAUAUUGAUUUCACAGUUGUGUGGCUCGAUAACAACCGAAGUAUGGCCUGGCGUCGAAAAUCUGGAUUUAUUUACUAAAAUGGAUCUUCCCAAAGGACAAAAAAGAAAGGUAAGAGCGAAAUUCGGUGUUGUAUCAUGCUGCCUUUAGGAAAAUCAAAUAGCG